AUGCGGACUGUCCAUGCACGACGGAUCGUGUUGGGAUUUCGUAACAUGAUUGUGUGGAGCCGCCUUUCCUGGACAACGGCUGUGUAGCAAAUGUUGUAGACUUGGUAUAAAAUGUUUUCAUGGUGAAAACUUAGUGUCGGAUCACUUGCAUGCUGUGCAUGUUGCGCACGGAGGGGAGUCUAGCCGAGAAAGUGUGCUAACCAUAGAGCUCUAUGGUGCUAACUAAUCAAGAACCGAUCAUUGGAGCAGUGUGACUGCGUUUCGUUUACACAACAACCACACCAGUAACAACGCCACCACCGGCAAGCUAGGUGCCAAUUAAGGCAGACGACAGCGUUAGAUUUGGGGGGCUCCCCACACCACCGCACCCACCAAAGAUACUAUUUUAAUAGUAUCUUUGACACCACCCACCACGGUACCCACGGACGAACCUCUGGGCGCGCGCUGGGCUAGAUUACUGAACUAAAAAAUGGCACCCACCAACUUGGACACCGCUGGAAAUUUGCGGGCGAUGGUGCUGCAGUACAUCAACCAAAACGAUGUGAUGAUAUUUAGUAAAACAACUUGUCCUUUCUGUAAAAAGGUGAAGGACUUGUUUACAUCUCUGAAGGCCCCAUUUCAGGCACUGGAGCUUGAUAAAGAAGGAAAUGGCGGGCAAAUCCAAGACCUUCUGAAGGAGAUGACUGGCCAGGGGACUGUCCCAAAUGUCUUCAUCAGAGGGAAACAUCUCGGGGGGAAUGACGACACACAGAAGGCCCAUGCCGAGGGACGACUGUCUCUGUUGUUAAAUCCAACUGAAACGUCAUCUUCGUACGAGUACGAUCUUGUUGUUCUUGGUGGAGGCUCUGGCGGCCUCGCUGCAGCAAAGGAAGCUGCUUCGUUUGGAAAGAAUGUUGCUGUGUGUGACUUUGUUAAACCCACCCCUAAAGGAACGACUUGGGGUCUUGGAGGAACUUGUGUGAAUGUUGGCUGCAUCCCAAAGAAACUAAUGCAUCAGUCGGCAGUUUUAGGUGACUCUAUACGAGAUGCAAAGAAAUACGGCUGGAAUGUAACAGACUCUGCUACGCAUGAAUGGGGUGAAUUGAGGGAUGCAGUGCAGAAUCACAUCGGGUCAUUGAACUGGGGCUAUAAGGUGGCUCUGAGAGACCAGGAUGUCACCUACGUCAAUGGAUAUGCAGAGUUCAUUGAUGAGCACACAGUUAAGACCGUGAACAAACGAGGGAAAGAGAAAGUGUUGAAGUCCGAGCGGUUCGUUCUGGCCACUGGCAUGAGACCACGGUAUCCUGAUAUCCCAGGACUCAAGGAAUACGCUGUCACAAGUGAUGAUCUUUUCUCGCUGCCUUACUGCCCUAACAAAACGCUGUGCAUAGGGGCGUCUUACGUGUCCUUAGAGUGUGCCGGCUUCCUUCGUGGGAUGGGAUUGGACGUAACAGUCAUGGUCCGUUCCAUUUUACUGAGAGGGUUCGAUCAGGAGAUGGCUGACAGAGCUGGGGAGCACAUGGAACAGCAUGGUGUUAACUUCAUCAGGAAAGCUGUACCUAAGAAGGUUGAGAAGAUCCUUGAGGGUACGCCUGGUCUAUUCCGAGUGACCUAUGAACCCACUGACGGAGGAGAAGAGCAGGUCAUUGAAUGCAACACGAUUCUUGUUGCAGUUGGACGUGACGCCUGUACAAAAAACAUUGGCCUUGAGAAAAUUGGUGUCAUGACAAAUUCCAAAAAUGGGAAGGUCCCAGUGGUGAAUGAGCAGACUAACAUUCCUCAUGUCUACGCCGUUGGUGACAUCAUCGAGGGCAAUCUGGAGCUGACUCCUGUCGCUAUACAGGCCGGUCGACUACUGGCUAGAAGACUGUACGGUGGGAAAACAGAACAGUGCGACUAUGUGAAUGUUCCAACAACUGUCUUCACCCCUCUGGAGUACGGUAGCUGUGGCCUGGCAGAGGAAGACGCCAUCGCACAGUACGGUGAAAGCAAUAUAGAGGUCUACCAUUCCAUGUACCAACCCCUGGAGUACACAGUGGCUGACAGGGACAAAGAAUCGUGCUAUGCAAAGAUCAUCUGCAAUAAGAAUGACUCGGAGAGAGUCGUUGGACUUCACAUCUUGGGUCCUAAUGCUGGAGAAGUCAUGCAAGGUUACGCAGUGGCCAUGAAAUGUGGAGCUACAAAGGCGCACUUUGAUUCUACCAUUGGCAUUCAUCCAACUGUGUCUGAGGUGUUCACCACCCUACAGACCACGAAGAGAUCUGGGGUUAGCAUCAAAGCUGGAGGUUGCUGAGGUUAAACCCUACCAUCAACACACCCAAAGUAGUCUCACUAAAUACAAGUAAAGAGAGAGCCGUAAAGUAGUGUCUUCAAAUAAUGCCAAGUAUCCACCGUUUACUAAUCACUAUUUUGUCGUUAACAUUAAAAGUAGGUUUAUAAGGAAAGCGCGACCUGGUUGAAUAAUUAUGAGUAACAAAUUGUCUAUAAAAGAAGAGACGCUCCUUUUAAUUUGAAGGAGUACUGUACAUAUAGAAUUUAUGUUACUACAAAUUUGAAUGUUGUUGCAUAUUUUUCUAUGCAUGAUUUUCUAAAGUUAAUUAAAACCACAGUCAUCAGAACUUAAUUCAACAAGAUAUUUAGGUAUAUAUUUUGCAAGAUUAACGUUGAUGAUGGUAUUAAAUAGAAUGUUACCAUGAUACUUGGCAUAAAUAGUGAAGCCUGGUUUAUAUUUCAACUUUUGUUUUGACUUAAGUGAAAUAUGAACCAGCAGUUGUAGGCUCUUGAUACUUUUAGCGGACUGCUUGAUUAUGGGUGUAAGAUGGUGGGGUGACCACGGACUGAGAGAGAUGGAGGUAGAAUGGUUCAACCGCCGCAAUUGGUAAUGUGACACCAUUGCAUGAUGACGGACUCUUCCUUAAAACCCACAUUGCUGGGCGGGAAUGGACUUGACGGGGCGUUGCAUCGUUCUACUGAAUUUUAGAAAACUCUGCCUGAAACCAAAAUGCAAAAUAAACUCCUAAAGGCGCUGGACACUAUCGAUUACCACUCAAAAUAAUUGUUAGCAUAAAAAC